ACGCCUACUUUAGCAAGAGCAAGUCAUGGCUGGUUUCCUCUGCACAAAAGUGAGUUUGUUCGGUCCCUGGACGCAAGUCGUGUGGAGACGGAACUGCACCUGGAUGCAAAUACGUCUCGGAUGUCAGGUGUUGGGAUGGUGUGGGAAGCAGCGCUCCAUUCUGAGGCUGGGUGUCCUGGUCCCGGCCGGACUAUCCCUGCCCCACCUCCUCAGACCUGCCCUCUGCAAACACAAGUACCACACCUCCUCACAGAACCUGAUGCUGACUCUGGAACACAGCCAGAUGAACACUACCUUUGAUUGGUCAAAGUUUCUUGAGUACCUCUCUCCUGAAUGGCUGUGGCUUCUCCUGGCCAUUGCAGCAGCUCUGGUGGUAUCGGUGCUCAACAUACAGAUCCCACUGGAGAUGGGGAGGCUGGUGAAUGUGGUGGCUGGCUUCACUCCUGGAGGCAGUCUGGGGACCUACCUGGAGAGACUGUCACUACCAGCUCUUCACCUAUGUGCCCUCUACCUCACUCAGGGAUGUUUCACGUUCCUCUACAUCUCGUUCCUGUCCCACCUGGGAGAGAGGUUGUCUGUCAGACUGAGGACCUCUCUCUUCCACUCUCUGCUACAGAGCCACAUCUCCUUCUUUGACACCCACAGAACAGGGGAACUGGUCAACAGACUGACGGCAGAUGUACAAGAUUUCAAGAGCUCCUUCAAGAUGGUGAUCAGCCAGGGUCUGCGAAGCACCACCCAGACUCUGGGCUGUUUCGUGUCCCUCUACCUGAUAUCUCCCCAGAUGGCAGGGGUGGUGGCUGUGGCCCUCCCUGUCGUCAUUGGAGUCGGCUCUCUAAUUGGUGCCACCUUGAGACAAUGGUCACGACAGGCACAACAACAGGUUGCUGUAUCUACGUGUGUUGCACAGGAGGCUCUGAGCAAUGUGAGAACAGUGCGGGCAUUUGCCAUGGAGGACUAUGAGGUGGACCUGUACUCCAGGGAUCUGAGGACCUCUCAGAGCUACAACGAGAGACUCGGUUUUGGAAUUGCCGCAUUCCAGGCUCUCUCGAAUAUUACAGUGAAUGGUGCGUUCGUAAAAUUUCUAUACAGUAUAACCAGAACGUGUUUGUGGGUAAUAUAAUGAUAUGCCUGUCCACAAACAGUGCCUGUGAUAGGUGUGCAUGCUACUGAUGAACAUAAAAUACUAACAAAAGACAAAGAAAAGUGCAGCUUCUGCUGUUGCUACCAUGGCUUGGUUCACUUAUUCAAACGACACAUACACACUCAAAAGUGCUGUUUCUGUAAAACAUAUGUUCCGCCGAAGAACCCUGGUAGAUGAGUUAAACAGUACUUGAAGAGGAAUCGAGAUAUGCCCGUGUUGAUAGAUCCUCUCUGAAGGUGUUUGAACCCUUCCUUGAACGACUUUACAGCCCUCUCCACCAGGCCGUUUGAAGCCGGAUGGUAGGGUUUGGUUCGGACGUGCCAAAAUUCAAAAUUCGGAGCUAGUGAAUUCUGAGGCGAUAUCACAGAGUAGUUGCAGGGAAUUCCUCACAGUUAUUAACAGUAUUCUGACAGUAAUCUGUUCUGGCUUGAACGUAGCGUACGGAGCCAAUUAUCGAACGAGUUGUGUACCUGCGCUUGUAGCUCAGUCCAGGAACAUGCCCCGAAUUCAGUUCUGGUACCGUUGCAAACCCUAAUCCAUGCUCUACACGACUCGCAAA